UUGCAGUACUAGAAGAGCCUCCAGGUGACAUGAGGUGUUCCAGGAGUCUUACUGCAGUGGUUGAGGAAGCAUACGUGUCCUAUAUUGCAAGAUUACUUUCCUCGGGUCGGGUCAGCGAUUAACCUCUUGUCAGCUGUUGCUCAACUGUUCCAAUACUAGUGUGCAGCUGUUUGCCUUUUCCAUUCUAUUCUGUUCAUAAACACCUACAAAUGUGAAAAAAAUGUCUCAUACAAUAACAGUUGGGUUAGAGACAUAGGGAUAGCUCACUGCAUGUAUAAUAAGGAGAAAACCGGAAUGGCAAGAUUUUUAAAAGAGGUUGGUGGCGAGCGGCGAGUUCAGUCCCGUGGAGAUAAGUGAAGAGGAAACACCGUUGCUAUGGCUGCCUUCAACGAGGACCAGAUCGUGGAGUUCCAAGAGGCCUUCAGCAUCUUUGAUCAGAAGGGGGAUGGCAAGAUCCAGGUAUCCCAAAUUGGGGAGGUGUUGCGGGCACUCGGACAGAACCCCACUGAGGCUGACGUGAAGAAACUGUCUCACCAACACCGACCAGAUGAGAGGAUCAGCUUUGAGGUGUUCCUGCCCAUCAUGCAGACGAUCUCCCGCCAACGCCCUGUUGAUACUGCUGAUGACUUCAUUGAGGGACUGCGCCAUUUUGACAAGGACGGUAAUGGCUACAUCUCAUCUGCUGAACUGCGACACCUCAUGACACACUUGGGAGAGAAGCUGACUGAUGAGGAGGUGGAGCAACUGCUAGCUGGUCAAGAGGACUCUCAGGGUAACAUCAACUAUGAGGAGUUUGUUCGCCUUGUCCUAAGUGCUUAGCCUUCUUUCAUCACCUUAGUGCAGUGGAAGGUGAUAGCAGUCUACUCCUUCAGUAUUUUUAUUUGCAAGUGCUUGUAUCUUAUUUAUAUUUGCCUAAAAUUGUGAAAGUAUUUUAUAAUAAAUACAUAUAGUAUAUUUUCAUGAAAUGUCAAAUUUGAAUAUUUGUUUGCAUAAAACUGGAAACCUUUUAGAUGUUGUCUUCCCAGAGACAUAUAGGUUAAAUUUCAGUCUUCCUCCUAAAAUAACAAUAUGGUUUUCCUUGCUUACCUAAUACCUUAUUUAAAAUAUAUGUCUUGGCUUGUAUUUUUGCCUAGAAGUCUCCAGCCCACAUUUCUGAGACUCAUCCUUCCUCCCUUUAGUACUGUUGUUUCUCCAUGUCAUGACAAACAUGUCUAAGGGAAGGUAAACUAAGGUGACUUUGCUAAAGCAGUACAACAUAGGCAGCAGCUUUGACUACUAACACACACAAUAUGAUCUUGCAGUGGUAUCUGAUGGAGAAAAGAAACAUGUACUUAAUCAUGAGAUAUGGUACAUUUGGUUAAUGCUGAACUUUAAUUUGAUUUUGAUCAAAUUGUUAUUCACUAAAUAUUCAAUAUGAUUUUUUAGCAUCAUUUUUGUUAAGAGACCCACAUGCAUUAAAGAUAAACUAUAUUAGAGUUUCCUCCUUUUUUUAUAAUUACUCUUGAUCCCCCUUAGUAUUUGAGCAUUCCAGGGCUGAUUUAAGUGCCUGUGGUAGUUGUUAAAAAUAAAAUUUUGUAAGCAAGUUUA